AUGGAUCAAUUUUCUGACUCAAAAUCGUUUUCUAAUCGAGAUGAAUGUAUUGAUUACAUAACAUCAGAUAGUUAUGACAAUGAAAAUCGAAUUAUGAAACGGAUUUUAUUGGUUAUUUCCAAGAAAACUGCUGAUGCCAUUGUUCAACUCAUCUGUCAAAUAGAACAAAUAUCAUGCAUUUAUAUUUUUGAUGAUACUACCGAUGAUGAAAACGAUUUAAGACGUGAGAAAAAAUAUCUUCAACAUAAAAUUCGUGGUGAAUAUCGCAAUCAAAACUUACUAUAUGAAAAGAUCGCCGAUGAUGUUGCGCAUUUGGAACAACAUUAUUUACCUAUGACCGUGUAUCCACCAUCGAAUGGUAAAGAAACAUCGGUACACAGUCUGGAUCAUGAAUCAACUAUAUUUUUAUGGUCUCAUCUUCUAAUAUAUGCAAUAACAAAAAUGCAUUCACCAAAAGCCAAAUUUGACAUGUUAGAAGAAUGUCGUAAAUCCUAUGCCAGUAAUUCAAUCGAACUUAGAAAAAUUGAUGAAUUUGAAAGAGACUAUGUUCCAUCGAAGGCUCUUUGGUGGUACACUCGUGACAGUUUUGUCUAUCGAUUAUUGAAUAAGGCAUUUCGAUUGAAAGAUAUCGAUAAAAUUUAUCAAUUUCGAUUUAUUAUUUCUGAUCUUGUGGAACAACUGAGAAUGCUUCAAAGAGAGGAUCAUGAAAUAUCAAAUUCAUCAACUAUUCUCUCGAUUUAUCGUGGUCAAUAUAUGGCUAUGGAAGAAAUCGAGUAUUUAACAGCAAAUAUUGGUGGACUUAUUACACUUAAUGCAUUUACAUCGACUAGUAUUGAUUCUGAAACUGCUCUAAGUUUUAUUCUUGAUUCAAUUGACUAUGAUGGAAAUCAUGCGGUAUUUUUCGAAAUUCAAAUCAAUACAAAAUUUUCUUUAACAAGUCCGUACGCGAAAAUUUCCAGUGUUAGUGCAAUGCCUAAUGAGUGUGAGGUGUUGUUGUCGAUUGGAAUGAUAUUACGAAUUGAUACGGUUAAGAAACAACAACUUAAUGACAAAGUUUAUUGGUUGGUAAAAUUAAAUGUAGAAAAAGAGGAAAUAUUACCAAUACAAGAACUAUUUCAGUCAUUGAAAAAUGAUAUUGAUAAAGAAGAAUCCGAUUUAGUCAUAUUCAGUACCAUUUUAUGGCAUAUGGGUGACUAUGAUCGAGCUGAAAAGUAUUUAAAAAUGUUAUUAAAUGGCUUAGAACCGAAUAACUCAAAUCUGGCAAAUGUUUAUAACCUAUUAGGCUUAAUUUAUAUGUCUAAAUCACUGUACGAUGAAGCUAUUGAUGCUUAUAAUCAAUCAAUUGAGUUUCGUCGUCAGUCACAAGAUGAAAAUGAUCAUAUUGAUUUCGCACCCGUCUAUAGUAAUUUAGGGAUUUUAUAUAGUGAGAAGCAAAACCAUAAAGAAGCUUUUCGGUUUUAUCAAAAAGCUUUAGAUUUAGCGCAAAAACAUUUGUCACCAAAUCAUGUACAAAUGUUUUCAUACGUGAUGAAUAUAGCUUUGGCCUACGAUAAUUUGAAUGAUUAUGUAAACUCAUUGACAUUUUACAAGAAAGCUCUUGAAAUUAUCGUUAUACAUAUUAAAUGUGAUCAUCCAGCAAUUGGAGCACUUUAUAAUAAUAUUGCAUCAGUCUAUGAGAAACUUGGCGAUUACGAACGAUCAUUAGAAUAUCAAAAAAAAGCUCAUACAAUUUGGACAACAACAUUACCACCUUUUCAUACAAGUAUAGUGCAAUCUCAUUGCAAUUUAGGCACAGCUUAUGCUUCGCAAGAAAAUUAUGAUGAAGCAUUAAAACAGUUUUAUUUAGCUUUGAAAAUUCUCGAAACUCAUCAUAGCGAUAUUCAUAAAAGUGUACUAGCUGCAUCUUGUCAUAAUAACAUUGGCACAAUUUAUUUAACUAGACAAUUAUUUGAAACAGCAUUAAUACAUUUUGAAAAAGCUUUAGAAAUUUAUAAACAAUUUAAAAAAAAUGAAUCCAUAGCAACCAUUUACAAUAACAUUGGAACCCUCUAUUCAGAUCUUGGGCAAUAUUCAAAAGCUAUGGAAUAUUAUUCAAAAUCGAUCGAAUAUUAUAUGUUGCAAAUGCCAGUUGUUGACAAAUGUUCAUUAGCACAGACUUUGGAUAAUGUUGGUUUAAUACAAUUUCAUUUUGGAAUGUUCACUCAAGCUUUGGAGACUUUUCGAUCAGCAUUUGAUUUAGUUCUUGAUCUUGUACCAUCCGAUCAUCCAUCCAUCAUCAUGUAUGGUAAUCAUGUUGAAAUGACAAACGAUCAAAUAUCUCAAUAA